AGUGUGGUGGGAAACCAGAAGCCGUCAUGGUUCUGUCUGCUGUGGUUGGCAGCAUUUUGCUGGUUGGAGUGGUUCUGCUCAUUGCUUGGAAACUGAUCAUCACCGUACAUGAUCGCAGGGAGUUUUCUCGCUUCCAGAGUGCCCGCUCACGAGCACGAUAUCAGAUGGCCUCCAACCCUCUGUACAAGCAGCCUGUCUCGACACAUUUUUUGGAGACAGACAUGUUUGGGAGGUCCUACAAUGGUGGGGUCCACUGAUCCUGCAGGACCAGUCCAACACAGUCCUCUGGAGGACAGACCGAGGACUCAACCCACCCUUCUGUAAAAAUCAAAACAUCUUCAGAAACUUUGUGGUCAGUCACACAGAUGAUUGACAGCAGCAUGGAGCAACAAAUCAUGAAAAGAUCCAACCGUUAGUAGAUAAAAACAAAUUAAAAUAACACGUAUCUAACAAAGUAAAKUCACACAAAGACUGUUUUUACAGAGCAGCUAAAGUAACAGCUUCUAUUUUUAUAAACACUAAAGAUGCAUUUGUUUGAUGAAUAAUUUGAUACCAAUGUUUUUAGUAAACCUUUGCACUCCUGUUGGUUUUCUAAAGAAACCAUUGUGUAAGAGUUAGAGUUCACUGAUAAAGAUUGUGUGUCUGUGGUGACUCCUKCUGUAAGGCCCUGUCACUACACAACUUAUGAAACAUGUUUUAUGUCUAAAUCACUAAUAAAACUUGUAUAUUUGA